GCCAGCGCUCGGUUUGUGGGAGUCAGAGCCAUGGCGGGCUUGGUUGACUUCCAGGACGAGGAGCAGGUGAAGUCUUUCCUGGAGAACAUGAAAGUGGAGUGCCACUACCAGUGCUACCGCGAGAAGGACCCGGACGGUUGCUAUCGGCUGGUGGACUAUCUGGAGGGAAUUGAGAAGAAUUUUGAUGAAGCCGCCAAGGUGCUGAAGUUCAACUGUGAGGACAAUGGGCACAGUGACAGCUGCUAUAAGCUGGGGGCCUAUUACGUGACUGGAAAAGGUGGCCUGACUCAAGACCUAAAGGCUGCAUCUGCUUGCUUUCUGAUGGCCUGUGAGAAACCAGGAAAGAAGUCUGUGGAAUCAUGUCACAAUGUUGGACUCCUGGCACAUGAUGGACAGGUCAAUGAGGAUGGCCAGCCUGACCUGGGAAAGGCCAGGGACUACUACACCAGGGCCUGUGAUGGUGGCUUUGCAGCCAGCUGCUUCAACCUCAGUGCCAUGUUUCUACAGGGUGCCCCUGGCUUCCCCAAGGACAUGGGUUUGGCAUGUAAAUAUUCAAUGAAGGCCUGUGACCUGGGCCACAUCUGGGCCUGCGCCAAUGCCAGCCGCAUGUACAAACUGGGGGAUGGUGUUGAUAAGGACGAGGCCAAGGCUGAAGUGCUGAAAAACCGGGCCCAGCAGCUGCACAAAGAACAGCAGAAAAACGUCCAGCCUUUAACGUUUGGGUAGUGUGUGGCCCAUCCUCCCGAGCAACAGACGACUCGACACCGGCACCUCUGAGGCCA